AAAAGUUUUUAUAUUUUUAAAACUGGUCGUCCGUAAAAGUUUAAGAACAACUAAAAAAUAAUAUAAUAAAAUAAAAUAUAACAUUUCACUCGGUUUUGUAACUGUUAACCAUCGAUUAUUUCGUCCAUGACCUCUAAACGUACACCGGUUUAGUAUUUUCACCGUCAACCCGCGUGUACUUAACCUGUUAGGCAGCGUAGGUGCUAAUUUUAGUAGUGGCUCGAUCGUGACCAGAUUACAGUCAAACCAAAACAUGCUCUCUCUCAGAAUGGAGUUUAGAGGAUACGUUGAAAUGAGAUUUGCCGUCGCGUUGUUCCUCGUGUUGGGAGCGGCGUUCGCACGUUCUCAAGAAGUUCCAGAGUACAGACUGCCGACCACGUUCAAACCCAUCAGCUAUCGGUUAGAUGUGACCACGCAUUUAGAGAAUAAGUUCACGUUCGAAGGGGUAGUCGAUAUAAAAAUAACCUGUUUGAAAGCCACCAACACCGUGGUGUUGCAUUCGAACAAUCUGAACAUCGACACCAAAGGCGUCGCGGUGUCCGACGGCGGGGGAAAGGUAGUCCCGGUCACCGGUGUGGGGUUCGUUACCAAAACCGAACUGAUGCACGUUAAAUGUGCCGAGAAAUUCAAGCCCGGCAACGAAUACGUGCUGACCGUACCGUUCAUGGGAAACAUUACCGACGAUCUGGUCGGUUACUACAGGAGUAGUUACGUCGACAAGGAGACAAAUCAAACGAGGUGGCUAGCAGUGACCCAAUUCGAACCGGCCGAUGCCAGGAGAGCUUUCCCGUGUUUCGACGAACCCGCGUUGAAAGCUACUUUCAAAAUAAGACUAGGCCGUAGAAAACAUUUGACGUCGGUCAGUAACAUGCGACUGCUCAAGUCCACGCCUAUGCCUUCGAAUCCGGACUACGUCAUCGACGAGUUCGAAGAGUCCGUGCCGAUGUCCACUUAUUUAGUGGCGUACAUGGUAUCGGAUUUCGCUUACGUGGAAUCGAAGAAUCCAGAGGAAGAAGUGAAAUUCAGAAUAGUAGCCAGAAAAGAUGCCAUCGGCCAGACCGAACUCGCCAAGAACGCAGGACCGUUGGUUUUGAAAUACUACGAGGAUUACUUCGACGAAAAGUUCCCACUGUCCAAACAGGACAUGGUGGCCAUACCGGACUUCUCUGCCGGCGCUAUGGAAAAUUGGGGUCUCGUUACCUAUAGAGAAACGGCAUUGUUGAUUGAUCCAAACGUUGCUACUAUUGAUAAUAUCCAUCGAGUAGCCGAAGUUAUCGCUCACGAACUAGCUCACCAAUGGUUCGGCAAUCUCGUUACGAUGAAAUGGUGGACCGACCUUUGGUUAAACGAAGGAUUUGCCACGUACGUUGCAGCUCGUGGUGUGGACUACUUAUACCCGGAGUGGAAUUCUUUCCAAUUGGAAAACGUACAAAACUUUUUACAAGUCUUGGACCUGGACUCACUUCAAUCGUCGCAUCCCGUGUCGGUCACGGUCGGACACCCCGAUGAAAUAGCUCAGAUUUUCGACACUAUAUCAUACACAAAGGGGUCAUUUUUACUGCACAUGAUGAACACGUUCCUAGGCGAAGAAACGUUCAAACAAGGUAUUCGAAAUUACAUUGACAAACACAAGUUUUCCAACGCAGAGCAAGACGACCUGUGGAGUUCAUUAACGGAAGAAGCUCACAAAGAGGGGAGUUUGGAUCCAAACAUAACAGUGAAAGAGAUCAUGGACACGUGGACGUUGCAGACGGGCUAUCCCGUGUUGAAAGUCGUCCGGGAUUACGCUGCUGGAUCAGUUACAUUGAAACAGGAACGGUUUCUGACGAUUCAACCGAAUAGUACGGAUAAGAAGAGCUGUUGGUGGAUACCGCUCACGUGGACAACCUCUUCGGUGGCCGAUUUUAGCCAGACAAAAGCAGAAUCGUGGUUGAAUUGUAACACCAAGAAUUACACAAUUCCGUUGGAAAUAGAUGACGAGUGGGUUAUAUUCAACAUGCAAAUAGCCGGUUUGUACAGAGUCUCGUACGAUACACGCAACUGGAUGGGUAUCAUAACCUUGUUAAAUAAUCCUGAUGAAUUCGAAACCAUACCCACGUUGAAUCGAGUGCAGUUAAUCGACGACGCGUUUAGCUUUUCGCAAAUCGGCGAAUUGGAUUACGGAAUUACAUUUCAACUGUUAAAAUACUUAAAACACGAAAAAGAGUACGUGCCGUGGUUGGCCGCCCUGGGCGGUCUAGGUCCGAUCAAUCAAUUAAUGAAGAGGACUCCGAACCAAGGGUUAUUCCAAAACUAUAUGCAACGUUUGCUGGCAAAUUUGUACAAAAGAUUCGGAAAUAUGACCGUUGAACUUGAUGGGUUCGAAGAAAUACGUUUUAAAAAUCUCGUGAUUGCUCAAGCUUGCCGUCACAAAAUAAAGGACUGCACUGAACAAGCGUUAGCGUUAUUCAAACAGUGGAUGAAAACAAAUGACCCAGAUACUAAUAACAUAUUGCCUAGAGAACUGAAAACCAUCAUUUACUGUCAAGCGAUCAAAGCCGGUGGUGCGGAGGAAUGGGACUUUUUAUGGGAACGUUAUCAACGCUCUAAUGUCGGGUCUGAAAAAGCAAAAUUACUCUCAUCAUUAGGUUGCAGUUCGGAAACGUGGUUAUUGAACAGAUAUUUGAAUUGGACGAUCGGAGAAAACGCCAUUAUUCGCAAGCAAGACGCGAUAACGGUUUUCUAUUCCAUAGCAAGCAGCGACAUAGGAUAUUACGUGGCAAAGGACUUUUUGUAUCGAAAGAUUGCGGAUAUAUCUGAGUAUUUCCAACCGCGAGGUGACCGUGUCGGUAGAUACGUAAAAGUUAUAGGCUCUCAAAUGAAAACAAAAGAAGAAUUAGAAGAGCUCAAUACAUUUAUUAGCAAAUCAUCUGCUUACUUAAAAGGAGCUGAUUUGACCAUCAACCAGACAAUCGAGACUGUUAAAAUAAACACCGGGUGGACAUCGAAGUUUUAUCAUAAAAUUAUUAAUCACAUGGUAUAAAUGUUAUUAAAAUACCGAACACUAUUUGAUUUAUAUUAGA